CCGCAGUCAUUUGCCGAAGCUUGUUUAAACUCGAGGGUCGCAGUUAGCUGCUCAUUACCCAGUGGCCGAAUCGAUUCGUCUUGGGCCUCGUGCGCGUUUUCGUGUCGAGCUACACGGCGAUGGCAAAUCGUUACUUUAAAUUUGCGUUUCUGCUCCCUCGUUUCGUUUAUUUUUUCAUUCUUUCGUGGCCAAGUCAAAGACCUCGGUGCGGGGGAGGCGAAAAGAUAGUCAUAUUGGGCCCAAACACCUCUGCGGUCACUCGGGACCCUUGUUAUCCGGUUGGCGGUGUUAUUGAAACCCGGUGGCAGAUUGAGACAUGCUGGUGCAGCGGCCGAGAUGACCUCAGGUUUUGCAAGUCCGGAGCCGCCAAAAUGAUCCGGUCGAAAAAGCUGACAUCAGGCCUCCUGGCGGGCUCGCUCGUCUUUGUUUCGCUCUACGCCCUCAACACCUUCCUCAGCCCGACGGUGUCGGGCUCGGUACAUGUGUCAGCAGGCAACACAGGGCGCAACCUAGAGUACGUUCGUGAGGUGCUAGCGUCGUCAGAAGCGCCGGCGUCGACGGCCGCGGCUGUGCCGGAGGUUUCGCUGCAACAGCUGCUGGGCUGCGUGGAUGGUGUGGCGACGGCGCGCUAUGGCCAGCGAGGCGAAUUCUGGGUGCUCUACAACUACGUGCGGGCCGAGCGGCAGCCAGGUUGCGCCGACUCGGUCACCUACACGACUCACGGCGACCACACCUUCCUCGACAACCUGGUGCCGCUGCUCAAGCGCUGGCAGGGGCCGGUCGCUAUGUCCGUGUUUGCGCCCGGCGCCGACUGGACGCCAGCGCUCGCCGCCAUCCAGCAUGUGCGUCACUGCGGUCCUAGUGCCCACCUCGUCCGGCAACACGUCACAUUCCAUUUCUACUUCCCCGCCAAACACGUUCCCAAAACGGUGCCGCGACCAGCCGUUGACGGCUUCUCGCAUCUUCCAAAGGCCAACUGCUCGUUGAGCCUGGAGCAGGCCGCCGGGCUGGGCCAGGUGAGCUACAAGAGCACCCACAAGAUCCUGUACCCGGUGAACGUGGGCCGCAACGUGGCGCGCGAGGAAGCGCUCACGCACUUUGUGCUCGCCUCCGACGUUGAGCUGUACCCCAAUCCUGGCGUCAUCCCCGACUUCCUGGGCAUGGUGCACGGCCACCUCUUGCAGCAGCAAAAAGCUAACGUGACCAAAAAACCGUCGCCGCCCAAGGUCUAUCCGCUCAGCAUCUUCGAGGUCAAGGAGAACAGCUCGAUGCCACAAAAUAAAACGCAGCUCGCCGCAAUGCUUGCCAGCAAGGACGCCGUGCCCUUUCACAAACACGUGUGCCCGAAUUGUCACAACGUGCCUAAGGCAGCCGAAUGGAUGGCGUUGAAGCAGUCUGAGGGGCUGCACGUCUUCCACGUGGGUCAACGUACUGGUCGCUUCUUGCAUUGGGAGCCCAUUUACAUUGGAACGAAGCAAGAGCCGCCUUACGACGAGAGGCUCUCCUGGGAAGGCAUGAGCGACAAAAUGACCCAGGGCUAUGCGAUGUGCGUGCUAAACUACGAGUUCCACAUUUUGGACAAUGCGUUCCUGGUGCACAGGCCGGGCAUCAAGUACUACCACAAGGACAAGGAGCGGAGCGUGUUCGUGAAGCGGACGCAGGUGCUGAUCAAGCAGCAGAUCCUGCCCGAGCUCAAGCUGCUCUACGGCACCCGAAAGGGAUGCACCGUGUGAUCUGGCCGGGGGUUGAGGGUGCUAAGAGGGACCAGAGUGCGCGGUGCCGCCGCGACCUUCGCCAAUUUUGACUCGUUUGAUCUGGUCUCUCUGACCGCAUUCGUUUUGGGCGCGUGGAUCGUCCGAGUCAAUAGGAGGCCGGAUCUUUGUCGCGGCACCGCAUCCCCGCCGAGUCAACGCAAGAAAUAAAACACUCACUGACAAUGAAUGAUUCGCUGUGCCUUACACGAUUUUUGCCUAUAUCGCAGUAGUGAUCUAAUUUAUUCCGCUUGCCUCGCUCACGCAGGCUGCAAAAUGAGAAAAACAAAUCAACUUUUCAGGAGGCUUCAAGAGUUUAAAGACUAUUUUCUGAGUGCAUUUUUCAUUCGCCCAAGCACCACAGUUGCGGUGUCUAGAAUUAAAAUCGAUGACAUAUCUGUCCAAGGUGAGGCCUUGAGAAAAAUCGAGUGGAUGCCUUGCAGCACUGAAACACAUAUUUUUUAAGAACAGGAUUUGCGAAGUGCAUUUUUGCAGUAUUUUUAUAUUUCUUGAAGUGAUGGGAGAUAGGAAUUUUUACUAAGUUGUAUUUAAGUUAUUACUGCUGUUUGAACGAAUUGUUUCGUGCCUGAAUUUUGAGAGCUAUUCCUUUAAAAUAUGAUGUUAACUAUUCCAAGACAGGUCCAACUGUCCUGUAACUGAUAUUAGCAAAUUUUCUCUUCAACGACCCUCUUUAUGUUGCGUUAAUGCAAGUCAUUAAUAAAAAUCCGUUUCUAUAAUUAA